AUGACAACUGAAGAGGUACAGACAGAAGCCUCAACUGAACACCCACAAAGCUCAGAAUCCCACUCGAGCACAGUUACAGCAUCAAGUAGAGUAAGCAGUGGUUCCCCUCAGAUAACAACUGAAGAGGUAGAAACAGCAGGCUCAACUGAACAGCGAGAAAGCUCAGAAUCGCACUCGAGCACAGUUACAACAUCAAGUAGAGUAAGCAGUGGGUCCCCUCCAAUAACAACUGAAGAGGUAGAAACAGCAGCCUCAACUGAACAGCCACAGAGCCCAGAAUCCCACUUGAGCACAGUCGGAGUGUCGAGUGAAGCAGGUACGGGGGUUCGUUCAACAAGUUGGGCGGAAACGGUGUCCCCAACGGUAGAAAAUUCUGAGUAUAUGGAUGUCGUGUUUCUAUUUGGAAGUUCUUUGUCCGAGGAGAGUCUCUGCAAGAGGAAAGCGGAAUUGAAUUUAAUUACAAAGGUUGGAGAACAACUUCCUGAAUUGCAAUCCAAUGUAAGCGUUGCUAUAGCAAGUUACGGGUUUCGAAAACGUCUGAAUAAUAGUACAAAAUUUGGGACUUUCAACUGUACUAAGUUUGCUGACGCUGCCGGAUUACAAGAGCUAGUAACUUCAACCAAAUCGACGUUCAUAGAGCAGGAAGAUUAUACAAUGGGCAAAUUUCCUUUAAAAUAUCCAAAAAAGAAUCUAGUUGAUGGUGUGAAAAAGAAUCUAGAGUUGCUUAACCCCCAACCGUAUAUUAUUAUUGUGACCUAUGGAAAAUUUAACGACAAAUUGUAUAAAACGCUUUCUCACCCAGAAAAUGCCACUUAUAACAUUGGAGACUGUAAAAGUGAGGAUGCAGUGGACAAAGCAGCUACUUCAGUUGUGGGCGUCUUACGGAGAAAUUAUGUAACAAAAGCUUUUAAAGAUUUGACAUUUUGCAUCAUGGUUCUGUUUGGAUAA